GUUAAAUCUAUUGAUAUAUUCAUGUUUGCUUGCAAUUCAUGUGAUUUUUCAAUACAAUGUGUUUUGUGUUGACAACACAAUUGUGUCCAUAAUAUAUAGAUAAGUGUGUGAAAUGUGCCUAAAAAUAGCGGUGAAUAACAGUAAGCCUUUGAUGCGAGAGAUUAGACUAAAUGUUGUCAUGAAUUGUAUGGAGUAUUGAGUGGUUUUGUUAUAACAAUAGCAGCGAUCACUCACUCACUCAACACAUUGUCUUUUGCCUCACAAUUCAAACUAUAUAUCAAUUUGUAUUUUGUGUCUCAGAUCGCAUGAAUGUAAUCACAGAAUAAGAGAUGUCUACACACGUGAUAAUUGUGUUAUUAGUGGUGAUGAACUUAAGACAUUUAACUGAAUCGCGAGUGACUUUAGCCGAGAAACUGCCGCAAGAGUACAGUGCACUCACUGCCGGCAUAUCUGGCGAUAUGUCAUCGAAAUUAAACUCAAGAACUAUUCACACAAGAAGUUUCACACAAAACACCAGCACUUAUGCCAUGGAAGAGAGUGUGAGACAAUUGAGACAAUACUUCGGCGACCCCUCGCACAGGGAGGCGCCCACCUAUCAGUGCCAAUACAUGGUCUCCUACUUCGGUCUAAUACUGUUUGAGUUCAUCAAAUGUAUUCUCAUUAACGAGAUUCCGGGCAAUAUUUGUUUGGGUUGUCCUCAACAGUACACGGAUCUGAUCAGCGCUCACGAGGACCUCACCAAUGGGUCCGUUAGUAACUGUUCCGACGGCUUCAUCAACAAAGACAAACUCAAUCUGAUUCACAGCCUCUACAGCAGUGGUAUAUAUCAGUGGACUGAUGGCAACUGCGAUAACUGUUUCGGUGGUAAAGACGAGUACCAGAAUCUGGUCGUUCAUAACGACACUCAAUACUACUUCCAAUUAACUGAAGACCAUAUGCUAUGUCUGAACGGAUCCUUCGCACACAAUGACUCUUGUGUUGAAUGUAAGGAAUCGUUUCAAACUGUCAACGAUUACUACGAUUUGAUGGCAAAUAACUACUCAGACGGUGUGUGCAAUGAUAUCAUCGCAUCGAUGAAAGACAUUCGGAAGCAUUGGAGCGAAACCCUCGACUGUCCCACUGAUUUCAAGUCGGGUCUCUACUUAGACAUUCGGAAGCAUUGGAGCGAAACCCUCGACUGUCCCACAGAUUUCAAGUCGGGUCUCUACUUAGGUUUGGUCGUCAUAUCAGUCGCUGUUUUGCCGCUUAUUCUAUACUUAACCGGAAGACUCUUUUGUGUGGAUAAAAGUAAAACUUUAAUGAAACAGAAAAGGUUAUCGUCUUAUCAUUUGGGAAGUUCCGAAAGCGAACCACUCAUUCGCUGAUCGGAUCAGACUUAAGGACUCUUUCGUUAAUUUUUAUACAAAUUAUAAGUGAUAUAAACCAAACAUUUCAUUCAUCGUACGAUUAGUUAUAACUUAUAAGUCAUAAAAACAUAUUUAAAAUGAAAGUAAAUAUUUGGAAAUGUUGUGAAAAUUUAACACUCCUUUCCAGUGGUGAGUAAAGACAACGCCUUCUGUAAUUCAGUGAUCGCCGUCGGUAUGUCUUCGUAUUGAAGAGCACUUCCAGCAAAUUUGCAAUACUUUUGCGCCGU